AAAGGAUAAAUAUCGCCAUAAAUAUGGAAGUGGAAAAAGAACUGGUUGACAGACAACCUACGUAUUACAUGCCAGUAGUAACCACAGACCACAUGUGAGAUGGUGUAACAAACUACACAAGUCUCCCCAAACAGUCAAAAAGUGAAUGUCAACAGUUCCAAUGGAGGGGGCCUCAAUAGGCAAAGUCACUGUAAACGGUGUCCAGCUACAUUACAUGCACAAAGGUGCUGGCCCACAUGUACUGCUCUGUAUACCUGGGUCUCUAGCACCAGCAGAGUUUGCGUACACACCACAGUUUGAGUAUUUCGGAAGAGAAGGGAGUGGAUUCAAGAUUGUAACAUUUGACUUAAGAGGCUAUGGUGGCUCACGACCAGCAGAGAGGUUUAAAGCUGAUACAUUCUACACUACUGAUGUGAGAGAUGCUCAAGCACUCAUGCAGGCCAUGGGGUUUCAAAAGUACUCUGUGUUAGGAUGGAGCCACGGUGGUGGAGUAGCCAUGAUGCUAGCUGCAAUGUUUCCUGAGUCAGUAGAGAAGCUGAUCUUGAUCGGAAGUAAAGCCUUUCACUCACAAGAGGACUUUGAAGCCAUCGAGAAAACUAGGUACAUUUCAUCGUGGAGCCCAAGGCUUAGACAGACAAUGACACAAUGGUAUAGCAAUGAACUGCUCCAAGAACUGUGGGCAAAAUUGCUAGAUAUUCUCAUUGAGAUUAGAGAGAAAUAUGAUGGUAAUAUUUGCAGAGAUGAGCUAAGCAAGAUAGGCUGCCCUACAUUGAUACUACAUGGUGCUAAAGAUUCUAUGGUAACGCUCUCCCACGCUCACUAUUUGAGGGAUCACAUAGGAGGCAGUCAACUAGAGUUCAUGGAAGAAGCAAAGCACUACCUUCACCAUAAGUUCUCUAAGGAGGCCAAUGAACUAGUGGAGAGGUUUACAACUAUAUAGAAGCUCUAACUACAUGCAUGUACAUUGCACAAAUAAGCAUACUGUACUGCUACAAUGUUUUGUCAGUAUUUGUGAGUGCUUAUAAUUAUG